AAAUUUAAUAUGUAAAGGGAUUAUUAUAUGACUUUGGAAAAAUUUGAAAAAAUGUUUUAGAGGCAACCAGAUGGAUUAGCAUGUUGCAAAUUAUGUAAUAAAGAGAUUCUUUUACUUGAUACAGAUGAAGCAGAAUUUUGGAGGCAUCAAGUUGAUAGGGAACAUUUGGAUAGCUUAAUCAAUUUUUAUUUAACUUAGGAUAAGGAUAUUAACGUUAAUAAAAAGGGAUAAAUUUAAAUUUAUGAAAAAAAUUAACCAUCAUCUAUAGAAAAGAAAGUGAAUCGUAAUUAUUGAUAUUUAUAUAUAGAGUUUGAAAAAUUGAUGUAAAAAGAAGCUAAAAGAAUGAUAAAAACAUAAUAGGGGAGCGAUCAGAUGAAAUAGAUAGUAGAUUAAUUAGAUAGAUUAAUGUUAAAAAAAUAAACUAAUGAUGAAAUUAUUAAAAAAGUGAAAUUGAAUUUUCCUAAUAUUUAUUCUAAUGAUGAUAAUAAUUUAGAGAAUGGUUUAUAUUUAACAUAGAAUUAUAAAAAACAAAAAAAAUUAGAUCCUUAAGAAAUCUUUUCAAAAUCAGUUGAAGAAUAUUUUAAUAAAUUUAUAGUAGAAUUAAUAAAAAAAUAGUAAUUAACAGAAGUAAUUUGUUUUUUAUUAGCCAGAAUAGGAAUAUCAUUAAAAUAAAUUUGUGAUAUCAAUUUUACAAGAAUUUAUUAGGAGAUAAACGAAUUAAAUGAGAUCUGUAAGGAUUUACCAUAAAUUAUUCUUACUUUAAAUAUUUUAAAAGAAAUGUCUUCAAAAUUAGAAUAAGAUGUAGGAGAAGAAAAUUAAGGAUUUUUAAUUAAACAACCAAAGAAACCAAAAGCAUUAAGAAAAAAAUUGGAAGGCUUAAGGAAAACAAUAAGGAAUGAGACAGCUUUUUAAGAUUAUAAAAGAUUCUUAGAGAAACUGAAAGUUAAAUCAUUGAAUGCUCUAUUUAACAGUGAAAUUAAGAAUAAGAUGCCUUAAAUAAAGAGAAGAUUUUCUUAAGAUCCUAUUAGAAAAGAAUAGGAUGAGUUUUAUAUUGAUAUAUCAAAUGAGGAUGAGGAUGAUGGAUCUUUAGAGGCAGAUGAUCAAUCAGCUAUAUUUGAAGGUAUUGAGUCAAAUCCGUAUAAAGAGUAGGAAUAAGCUUAGAAGUAAAAAUUGAAUGAGAAUUUAUAAAUUAAACCGUUUAUAACUAAUUCAAGGAAACCAGCAUAUUUAGAAAAAGUUAUUGAAAUAAUUAUGGAAUAUGAAUGCAAAAGGAUUAAUCAAAAAUAAUAAAAGAAAAAUUAUGAAUGGAAUGAUUAAGAAUCGUCAGAUGAUGAUAAUGAGUCAUCAGAAUAAUGA